GAUUGUGAUAAAAUUAGGCCUAAGAUUGUGCGUGAAUUUGAAGGAGUAUUAUCACGAUUUGGUAAAAUUGAAACCAUCAGUAUCUUAGUAGCUCCAUUAAUAAAUAACUUUACUCGGAAAUCAAUAGAUAGAUUGAAAUCAUCAGAAUACAAUCUUAUCUUUACAGAUGAACUGAAUUUGAGUUUAGAUUUAUUUCAAUUUGUCAAGAGUAAAUAA